AUGGCUGAAAGUAAGAUGGAUGUUGAUAACCAAGAAGGAGAAAAGAAAGAAGAAGUUGAAGGAAAGGAGGAAAUAGUAAAGAAUGAAGAAGUUGCAAAGAAAGAAGAGGGCCAAAAGAAACAACAGGAGGUCAAAAAGACAGAGGAGGAAAAGGUAUCCAUGACGCAAAUAAAAAUAAUGGUUAAAAAGAUGAUGUACGGAGGACGUCACGGCGGCCGUCACGGAGGAAGAGGUGGGCGAUGGGGCGGCCUUCGUGGCGGAAGAGGAGAAUGCCGGGGCGGCGGAAGAGGCGGCGGGCGACAAGUUGUCUUUAACAUUUAUUAA